AUGUGUCAACUGUGUUUGCAUAUGUGCUUUUUUCUAGAACAUGUUUGCAUAUGUGCUUGGUUAUUCGAAAUUCUCUUCUCAUUUUGAUCGGCGUGUCUCUCUAUGGUACUAUAUACUAGUAUUAUUUAUUUAUUUUUGGGAAUCUUGGGUGCUUUGCACGUUUGGUGAGCUUGAGUAUGAAGGGCAUUUCCAGGACAUAUAAUGCACUCUGAAAUGGGAAGAGAAAUGCAAAUUCCAGCAGGAUGGAUUCAUAACGGGUUGACCUCUGCAGUGGAAUUUUAUUUAUUUAAAAUCGGAAAACAGUUUGUGACUUGGGCAGUGCAGCAGAAAUAACUAGUAGAACAGCUGCAUCACGAGCUCCCCCUUCCCUUUCAUAUCAGUCAAUUGUGCUCAUCGCGGGAACACGGCCAAGAAUCGUCCGUUGCAACAAACACCGCAGAGAGAACAGAAGAAAGCAAGCAAAAAAAUGAGCAGCAGGCUCCCCUGUGAUCCGCAUCCGAGGACGACGAAGAAGGCGUCGGCAUCCGCCGCGGCGGUGCAGCUCCUGCUGCGCCACCGCGGCGGGAGGGCCGCCGCCAAGGACGAGAGCAUCGAAUUCUUCUCCGCCCUCUCCGGCCAAACCGACGAGAGUAAGUACCUGUUCCUGAAUUAUCUCCGGCGUCUUCUUUGCCGCUUCUGAUGCUGAUCAACUGAUGUAAGGAGUGCUUCUGCAAUGCAAUGCAGAGGCCGCCGAUCGGAGGGGAAAGACGAAGCUCAGGGCUGAGAUCGGGAAGCAUGACUAUGACUGGCUUCUGACUCCUCCGGCGACGCCUCUCUCGUGCUCCCCGGCGCUGAGCCGGCUGACGAGGGCCACAUCGGCGUCGAACGCCAAGAGCAAUUCGCCGCUCUCCCGGGCACGCCAGGAGAAGGGGAGCAGCUCAUCACUCAACACGACGGUGCUCACGUCCUCGGGUCGCCUGCCGCACGUCAGGAGGACUCUGUCGUCGGCGUCUUCGUCUUCAGUCAAAGCCACGAGCAGCGCGUCGGGGAGAUCGACGCCGGCGACGAGCCCCCGACCGCCAGCCGCUGCUGCCGCCUGUCGGCCCCCUCCCCAGGAUAAAACACACGGACGACGGCUGUCCUCCGGCUCCGGUGCCGCCAGCCAACCCAAGGGACCGUCGUCGUCGAGUACCGCGCGGCCACGCGCUCCCACGACCGGUGCCUCCAGCCCCAAGUCAACUACCAGAGCGGCGUCAGAGCAACCGGCGCUGACCAGACGUGGCGCCAACGCCGUGGCACGUUCGAGGUUCGCGGGCCAGCUGAGUCGUGAUGCAAUGUCAACGGCUCAGGCCGCGGAAAAUGCCGUGCCUCCCAGUAUGGUCAAGACGCGACCCGUGCCGGCGACCGUGAAGCAGAGGAGCCACGGCAACGGCACGGCCACAUCCCCGGCGACCGCUGCCUCCCGGAGCGCGCCGAGAGGGGACUUGCUAGCCAGUAAAAGAUUGUCAAGGACCGGUGGCGACGGCCGAAAGACCCACGACGACGAGAAGGCCGCACCCCGUCCAACCGUGGGGUUCGGCUCAUCCGUCGCGAGCACGCGCCGUUGUCUCACGAAGCGCGACUCUCGGAAGCUCACGGUGAACGAGGGCGGCGAGCAGCGGAGUACCCGAUCCGUACCGUCCGGAGGCCGCUUAGGGUCCGCGGCCACGGUCUCGGACGCCAGGGGCCGCCGGCGGUCCACGGCUGGGAAAGACAAGGUCGCGGUCGUGGUCGCCGCGCCGGACGCGUUCCCGAGCACGCGGUACGACGCCAUGCUGCUGCGGGAGGACCCCAAGAACCUCACGUGGCUGAACGGAUGCGGGGAGGACGACGACGGUGAAGAUGGGAGCUGCGGCGCAGGCUUGGUCGACGGCUCGCUGGAGCCGUUUCACGUGUGACGAGCGGCACAGGGGCGGGAUACUGAAACUGGCGCCAACUUGGCUGGUGUACAUGACUCUGUUCUGCCAGCAAUUUUUUUUCUAGGCCAUCCGUUGGGGAACAUUGCAUGUAAAACAUUUUUUUCUACGCACACGCAAGAUUUAUCCAUUGAGAUGCAUAGCAACGAGAGGAGAGAAUGUGUCUA